CUUCUCGUUGGUCCGACGGCCUGGACCGCCCCCCGACCAUGACUCCGACCCUACGCUCACACCGUUCGCCAUCGCUGCCGCCUCGACUGGUGGUUCCGGGAGCAGCUGUGGUGGGCGACUCGAGCAGCCCCUCCACCCCGAGUGGAGCGCUGCGCCGGUGCAACCUCUCCUUCUCCCUCAUGUUCUCCGACGGGACGGACGGGACGCCGCCGGCAGACGUGGCUGCGGCGGGCGAGGCGCCCUCGGCGGCGGCGGCGGUGCCCUUCUCCGUGGCCGCUGCCUCCGAGCCGUCCUCGCCGUCGAGCCAGCGGGCGGGGCCGUCCCAAACGCCAUGGGGCCCGACUCAGAUCCCGCCCGCGCGACAUCCGCCAGCCCGCGGUCGUGGCGGGCUUGAGGGCGGCGGCAGCAUAGUCGGCGGCAGCUCUGGCAUCUCCAUCCCUGGCGCGGCCGGCGGCGGGGACGAGUCCGCCCUCGACGCCUCGCUGCACUUGCUCGCCGCGGCGCGGCAAGAGCGGUGGGCGAAUGCGGGCGCCGCGCGUUUUGUCUAGGCCGCGGUGUUGUUCAUCAUGGCAGGUCAAGUAAACAGGACCUGCACCAAUUUUUGGCGCCACCGCCGGGCCAGGGUUUGCACAGGCGUGGAGAGCGAGGCAGCGAUGCUCCGACCCCAUUCUGGCCAAGUGCCCCUAGCUGGCGCACUGUCUCCAUUGACAGAGGUACACGAGGUUCUGCUUUUCAUCAUGGCAUGACAUACAGUAGACGCAUGCGGCAUGGGGUAGGCCUGACAUAUACAUGUCAUGUAGGUGAUAGCCAUGUGU